AUCGGGAUCUCAGAUCGAGUCUCUGAAAGGAAAUUUCACUGAAAUUGUUUCGUCUGCCUCUCAUGUCGCCCAAACUCCCUGCCUCCGUCUCAGGCUUCACGCCCAUUCCAUUAACAUACUCCUCGUCUGCGACCCACGUUCUCUAUGCGCGUAGAAAUGUGGGCUCCAAAAAGAACAAGCCUGAUGUGAAGGGCAAGGGACCUGCGUACCCGGAAGGACGCACUCUUUUCUUGGUGAACGUUCCACCUGAUGCAACUGAACGUGAAAUAUCACUGCUCUUCAAGUCUGCAGGGACAGUGGAGAGGGUGGUAUUUGAUGGAGAUAGAGAAGAAGUGGAGGAAGAGCUGGAGGAGAGUGAUGCUGAUGAAGACAUGGAUUCAGAAGUGGACGGUGUAGACGAGGAUGAAGAAGAUACACAAGAACAACCACGUAAAAAGAGGAAAAUCUUGAAAGAAGAGAAGCAAGCACCUCCACAGGUUGUUCCCCUUCCACCCCGACCGGACAGGGCAUAUCGAAGAACAGGCGGAUCUGCUCAUGUUGUUUUUCUCGAUCCGUCUUCCCUCUCUCGCGCUCUCACUGCACCUUCAAAACCAAAACCAUGGCCGGUGGAUACAACAUCACCUCAAGGUUUUGCACAUUACGAAAAUUUGUAUGCUGCACUUCGACCACCUCUGGACGUUGUCAGAGCACAUGCAGACUCAUGGAUGGAACUCUUUGAAUACGAGCAGGAGAAGAAGAAACAGAAGAGCAAGUACAAGAAGGGGGAAGCUAUCGUGGAUGAAGAAGGGUUUACGUUGGUUACAAGAGGAGGAGCAUAUGGACAGACGUUGGGUGGUGGAGUUGGUGUUGCGAGUAAGAAGUUCCAGGGUGAGGUGAGGGAAGGAGGUGGGAAGCGCAAUAGGAAGAAUAGGAAGGAACCAAAGGAGAAGGAGACGUUCUAUGCAUUCCAGAUACACGAGAAGAAACGGAAGGAGUUGAUCAGUCUCAAACAGAAGUGGGAGGAAGACAAGGCGAAUGUGGAGAAACUAAAGUCAUCUCGGAAAUUCAAGCCCUACUGAUAUUCUUUUCGACUGGUUCUCCGUACUCGGUGCUUUACAAUCAUAUGGAUUGCGCGAUGCAUUUAUUGG